AUGUUGCCGACAAGUUCAUUUCUACCUUUUUCGCCCAAACGCAAGCGAGAACCCUCAGAAUCAUCUUGCUAUAGUCGAUCUCCGUCACCCACAUCGGAAAUAUCUCUAGCCAGUUACCAAGACAUCCUCCGGGAAGAGGACGACCUUGACAGUUACAGUCCUCGCGCUGCCGUGGCUGGGAGAUUCGGCGAGUUGGCCAUCCGUGGCGACCUUCAUUCGGACCCUGUCCUGACGGGCGACUCACGGCGGAGCUCGCUGGCUCCCCCAGCACCCGAAAUAUGCGAAUCUGACCAGCAAAACCCCACGACUAUGCCCGAAGCUUUACCGGCUACUAGCAGCGAGCCGGACCGCCAAGCCCUGCAUUUCGACCCGCCCGCAGCGCAGGAGGAGGCGACUUCCAAGACCCUGUCGCCUUCCAAGAAGAAGUCCGCAUCUUUCACUCGCAAACAGCUCAACCCUUCCUCGCCUUCUAAGCGCAAGCAACGACGCUCUCCCCCUCCGGCAAAGGUAGCUUCGGAAGAAGACCCGCUCGUAUGGCAUGAUUCGGAAAUAACAGGCCACAACCCCUCAGAUCCAUCGGAUGAUGGCUACGGAAUAAAUGGUGUAGGGUUCAAGCCUACCGCAUCAAUCGCCUGGGAAAGGUCUCAGAGGCGGCAAAGACAGGUUACAGAAUGGAAAACCCGCGAAGCACGGGAAGCUCGUGAACGAAGACGAGAGAAAAGAAGGGACGGACUUGAUUUUGACCAACUGCAUGGGAUACAUGACGGUGCAGUCCAUAAGCGGGUCAAGUUUAAUGUCUGA